GGAAGCCGCCCAGCAGCAGCAGCAGUCGCUUUCCCUUCCCACUUGUUCCCGUGUGCACUGAGUGAGAGCCGCUGUGUAAAGCUGCCCCCCACCCGGUCUGCUGCUGGUUCCCCCCCUGCGCUGUGGAAUGAGUUUUAAAAACAGCUGGAAGCGAAGCGUGAAGAGAAAUGACAGUAAAAGGGAUGCAAUGGAGCCACAAGAUGUCCCUGACAGCCUGGACUCCCCGAGCCAGCUGUCAGAUGUAAACAGUCCAGAGCUGGACUCCAUCAUCACAGACUUCAAGUUACAGAUACCGGACAACACGGAUGAUCCGGAGUCAACAGAGCCAUCAAACGAGUGCUCGCGGUCAGACCUCACGCUGGCUCUGGAGGACUGUAUGGCUGCCUUAGAUCUGUUCCUCAGAAAUGACUUUGAGGAGGCGCAGGCCAGGCUCAGAUGCAGAAACAAAGACAGCAUGUACCAUGCUCUGACAUAUGCCACCAUUCUAGAAAUGCAGGCCAUGAUGACCUUCGACCCUCAACACAUCCUAGUUGCAGGGAACACUAUGAAAGAAGCACAGGCUAUCUGUCAGCGGUAUCGCAAGAAGUCAUCUUUCUCAAAAAACUUCACAGAAGAGGAGCUCCAUGCUGAAGUUUGCUAUGCUGAGUGUCUCCUCCAGAGGGCAGCGCUCACCUUCCUUCAGGAUGAAAACAUGAUCAGUUUCAUCAAAGGGGGAAUCAAAGUGAGGAACAGCUACCAGACUUACAAAGAGCUUCACACUGUCCUCCAGUCCUCGGGAUACACUCAUGGUGACAACCAUGGGCAUUUUGAGGGUGGUGUUAAACUGGGAGUAGGAGCUUUUAAUCUAAUGAUUUCCAUGUUGCCUACACGGACUCUCAAGCUACUGGAGUUUGUCGGUUUCUCUGGUAAUAAGGAGUUCGGUCUCCAGCAGCUUCAAGAGGGCUCAGUAGAAAGCACAUUCAGGUCCUUCCUGUGUAACAUGCUUCUCCUUUGUUAUCACACAUUCAUGAGCUUCAUACUAGGCACUGGAGAAGGCGACGUUGAGGAUGCAGAGAAACUGCUGCAGCCAUAUCUCAAAAAAUACCCCAAGGGAUCCAUCUUUUUGUUCUUUGCUGGUCGAAUAGAAGAGAUCAAAGGCAACCUGGAUGCUGCUAUUAAGCGUUUUGAGGAGUGCUGCGAGGCUCAGCAGCAGUGGAAGCAGUUCCAUCACAUGUGCUACUGGGAGUUAAUGUGGUGCUUCACAUACAAGAGGCACUGGAAGAUGGCCUACUUCUACGCUGACCUGCUCAGCAAGGAGAACUCAUGGUCCAAGGCUACGUAUGCAUAUAUGAAAGCGGCCUACCUCAGUAUGCUGACUGAGGAUGAUUGCCUAACCUUUGGGGAGACUGCACUUACUCUGUUCAGGCAGGUCCCGGGGCUUAAGCAGAAAAUAGCAGGAAAGUCUUUACCAACAGAGAAGUUUGCUAUCAGGAAAGCCCGACGCUACUUGGCAGAAAAUCCUGUACCUCUUCCUGCUCCUCCACUGGAGAUGAUGUACAUCUGGAACGGUUAUACAGUCAUUGGCAAACAAAAAGACUUAACUGAAGGCAUGCUGAAAACACUGGAUGAGGCACAGGCUCAACUUGAAAGUCUACCAAGAACGGAGUUCUCCAUAGAUGAUCAGUGUUUGCUGAGCCUCUUGAAGGGACUGUGUCUCAAACACUUGGGACACCACGAGGAGGCUGAACACUACUUUACUCUUGUUCUCUGCAAUGAGACUCAGAUCAAGUAUGACCACUACUUGGUACCCAAUGCCCUGCUGGAGCAUGGUCUGCUGUGUCUGGAGGAAGGCAGAAAAGAUGAAGCUAUCAAACUCCUAGAAGCAGCAAAGCAAAAUUACAAAAACUACUCGAUGGAAUCACGGACACACUUCCGUAUACAGGCUGCUUUGCAUAAGGCCAAAGACAGCAGGGAGAAUGGCAUCCAUAUGCCCUGCAGUCCAUAACAGAGGAGGGCACACUAAAGAGAGACAGCUUUUCCUGUAGUCUCACCAUGCCAAAACACAGACCAGAACAGACCUGAUUAUUAGGGAAAUUUAAUUUGUUUCUUUUUGUUUUUUCAUUGUGAGGCUAGGGGAAGAGGCUUUUUCUAAUGUGUGCCACCCUUACAGGCAACUGUAGCUCUGUGUGGCCCUGACUGGCUUCGGUGGAUUUGCCCUCUUCCAGAGAUGUAUCCUAAUGAUUUUUACUUGCCUCUGAUUUAAAAUGGAGUCUAAUUAUGGAACGUGCCUAUAUUUAUGAAACAUUGCUUCUAGCAGGGUUGUAUAUCUAGCUCUGUGGCCACCUAUAAGGGGUGCGGUAGAGUAGAAAACAAUGUCAGAUUUAUGUGGUGUAUAUUCCAGGUUGCCUCUGCUAAUAUCCCUAGGAUAAAAUGUACCCAGUGCAUGGUACUGGGUUUAGGACCUGAUGGAGCCAGAGUACCAAAAAACCUUUUAUAGAAAUGACUGACACCAGCUCCUCCCAGCCAUUUGAUGUGGCUGCUACGGAGUUGUCCAAUUUUUUGUGUGUAGAAUGUAAAUUAGAGUUUAUUAAAAAAAAAAGAGAGAGAGACACGCAGUAAAGUUCUGUAACAUCCCUGAGAACUAUGAGAUAAUUUUGUAAUUGGUUACUGAUCAACAAUAUAACCGAAUAUUAUAUCAGAUCUUAAUUUUGAAUGCUGUUUAAAUUUUUACACUACAUACACUUUGGUUUAUUCUGUUUGUCAGAAGGAGCGAGCAUUUUAUUGUGCAUUUUACUUUUUUUUUUCUUUUUUUUUUCUUUUUCCUGAAACAUAUUGCAUCAGUGAUAGACACAAAUGUAUUUUUGCAAGAUACUCUCUUUGAAUCUCCCUCUGAAAAGAUGAUCAAAUCUAAAAUCCUGUUAUAUU